AUGGAGUCGUCAGACGAUGACACUCUGAGUGAGCGCUCCUGUGUGAGCGAGCCGUCCUUCCGCAGCGAGCGCUCAGGGGGGUCUUUGUCCCCGUGUCCAUCGGGACUCGCGGGUCCUCCAGGAGACACUCUGCCGUGGAACCUGUCCAAACACGAGAGGAGGAAGAGGAAGAGCCAGGACUCGGUGCUGGACCCGGCGGAGCGGGCGGUGGUUCGUGUCGCAGACGAGCGGGACAGGGUGCAGAAGAAAACCUUCACAAAAUGGAUCAACAAGCAUCUCAUCAAGGUGAGGAAGCACAUCACAGACUUGUACGAGGACCUGAGGGAUGGACACAACCUAAUUUCCCUGCUGGAGGUCCUGUCUGGAGUCACCCUGCAACAGAAAAGCGGCCCCGCUUCGAAAAGGGCGUACGCCUCUCGGGCCCCCCCCCUCAUCGUGCUCAGAGGGGAGGAGGAUGAGGAGGAGGAGGAAGGAGCUCAGGGACCCAGAGAAAAGGGGAGAAUGAGAUUUCAUCGACUACAGAAUGUCCAAAUAGCUCUGGACUUCCUAAAACAGAGACAGGUCAAACUUGUGAACAUCAGAAACGAUGACAUCACAGACGGGAACCCCAAACUGACGCUGGGUCUGAUCUGGACCAUCAUCCUUCACUUCCAGAUUUCAGAGAUCUAUGUGAGCGGCGAGUCGGGCGACCUCACAGCCAAAGAGAAGCUGUUACUAUGGAGCCAGCAGGCGACAGAAGGCUACCCCGGCCUCCGCUGUGUGAACUUCACCUCGUCCUGGAGGGAUGGACGCAUGUUCAACGCUCUGCUGCACAGAUUCAGGCCGGACCUCAUCGACAUGGAGCUGGUGUCCCGGCAGAGCAACUGUGAGAACCUGGAACAGGCCUUUGAGAUCGGCGAGUCGCUGGGGGUCACCAGGCUGCUGGACGUUGAGGAUGUUGAUGUUGCUUCUCCGGAUGAGAAGUCGGUCAUCACCUACGUCUCCUCCAUCUACGAUGCCUUCCCGAAGAUCCCUGAGGGAGGAGAGGGCAUCGCUGCACACGAGGUGGACCAGCGCUGGUCAGAAUACCAGUCCAGGUUCUCCUCUCUGCUCCAGUGGAGCCGCCAGCACACGGUCCUCAUGGCCAACAAGAACUUCCCACAAAACCCAGUGGAGCUCAAGGCACUUUACAACGAGUACGUCCACUUCAAAGAGACGGAGAUCCCCACGAAGGAGGUGGAGAAAGGUCACAUCGAGCACCUCUACAAGCUGCUGGAGGUGUGGAUGGAGUUCGGUCGGAUUAAGCUUCCUCAGGGCCUCCACCCCAACGACCUGGAGGAGGAGUGGGGCAAACUCAUCCUGGAGAUGCUGGAAAGAGAGAAGGCCCUGCGGCCGGCUGUGGACAGGCUAGAGCUGCUGCUCCAGAGAGCCAACAAGAUCCAGAACAUGGCUCUGGACUGUGAGGAGAAACUCACCCUCGCCAAAAACACACUCCAGGCUGACAUGUCCCGGGUGGAGAGCGGCGAGGUGGUGCAGUGUGAGAAGGAGCUGGCCUGCUACCUGCAGGACUGUGAGUCUCUGAUCAGACAACUCAACCAGGAGCUCAAGCUCCUGCGGGAGGAGAAGUACUACCAGGUGGAGCAGCUGGCCUUCAGAGCGUCCUGCCUGCAGGAGGAGCUGGUCUCCCUCAGACUCCAGUGCUCCAGCGUCUACAGGAAAGGACAUUUCUCUCCGGCUCUGGGCGGCACCGGGGCCGAGCUCACCAGCCAGCGAGGCACCGACAGCGGCCUGUCACUGGGGCAAACGCUGCUGGGAGCUGUGGGAGCUGUGGGAGCCGUGGGAGCCGCGCUCCUGAGGCGACCCAUGGCCCGCUCCCAGCUGGUGGCCAUGUCUUCAUCAGAGGACGAGGGAAGCCUGAGGUUCAUCUACGAGCUGCUGGGCUGGGUGGAGGAGACGCAGGAGCUGCUGGAGCGAGCUGACUGGGGAGCAGAUCUGCCCUCGGUAGAAAACAACCUCCAGGAGCACAACGACAUCCACACUGCAGUGGAAGAGUUACUGAGCAGCCUGCAGGAGGCACGCAGCUAUGAGGCAAAAGUUACCCCCAACUUCAAAAGCAGUUACUCAGAAACCCUGGCCAAGCUGGAGCAUCAAUACUGCAAACUACUGGACCAUUCGUCGUGGCGCCUGCGGAGCCUGGAGAGUCUGCACUCCUUCGUGUCGCACUGCACCGAGGAGCUGAUCUGGCUCAACGAGAGGGAGGAGGAGGAAAUCGCCUUCGACUGGAGCGACGGCAACAGCAACAUGAACGCCAAGAGAGAGUUAUACAGCGAGAUGAGGUCUGAGCUGGAUGAGAAACGAGAGGUGAUGAGGUCCCUGCAGGAGACGGCCAGUCGUCUGUGUGUGGAGAACCAUCCGGCCAAGCAGACGCUGGAGGCGUACAGUGCCGCCCUGCAGACUCAGUGGCAGUGGGUGGACCAGCUCUGUGUUUGUGUCGAGCAGCAUCUCAAAGACAACACAUCGUACUUCCAGUUCGUGAGUGACGCUCGGGACUGUGAGUCGUACCUGCGUCAGCUGCAGGAAACCAUCAAGAGACAGUACACGUGUGACAGGAGCAGCAGGCUGACCAAACUGGAGGACCUGCUGCAGGACUCCAUGGAGGAGAAGGAGCAGCUGAUCGAGUACCGGAGCACCGUGGCGAGUCUGGUGGGCCGGGCCAAGACGUUGGUGCAGCUCCGCCCCCGCAGCGCCGAGAGCAACCUGGCCUCCACCACGCCCAUCAGGGCCGUCUGCGACUACAGACAGAUAGAGAUCACGAUCAGCCGAGGGGAGGAGUGUGUGCUGGAGGACAACUCCCAGAGGACCAAGUGGAAGGUGAUCAGUCCCACGGGCAACGAGGCCAUGGUCCCCUCGGUGUGUUUCACCGUCCCGCCCCCCAACCAGGAGGCCAUGGACACAGCCAGCAGGACGGAGCAGCUGUACCAGAAGGUGAUGUCUCUGUGGCACCAGCUGCACGUGAACAUGAAGAGCGUGGUGUCCUGGCACUACCUGCUGAAAGACGUGAGGACCGUCUCCACCUGGAACCUGGACACGGUUCGAUGCCAGUCUCCAACAGAGCGGCAGCAGGUCCUCGACCACCUGGAGUCCCACUUGGCCGACUUCCUGUCCGACAGCAAGGAGAGCGCUCUGUUCACGCCGGCCGAGAGACGGGAGCUGGAGAAGGACGUCCAGCAGGCCCAGCAGCACUGUCAGGACCUGCUGCUCAACAUGGAGACGGCUGAGAAGGACGAGUCCGUCUCUCGGUCGUACCUGUCCGAGCUGCAGAACAUCAGCCUGCGUCUGAACGAGGCCGAGCAGAGGCUGCUGAGGGGGAUUCAGACUCCGGCCCCCAGCCGGCUGUCAGGAGACACUGUGGACAACACCGUGCAGAUCGCAGAGCAGGAGAAGCUGCAGUCGGAGCUGGACGCCCUGCGCUCUGGUUUGGGGGACGUGUCCCGGCGCUGUGUCCGGUUCUUUGAGGAGAAGCCGACGUCCUCCAGCGUCCCCGUCCUCCAGGCCGAGCUCAACCAGGCUGUGGAGAAGACGGACAAACUGCACAACCUCUCGUGUGUCUACCUGGAGAAGUUAAAGACCGUGGACGUCCUGAUUCGCAGCCUGGACGAAGUGGAGAGCCAGGUCAGGAGGUACGAGAGCCGACUGAGUGAAGAGGACAUCGUCCCUGCCGACACCACGGCCAUCCAGAACCUCAGAGACCAACACGGGAGGUGGCAGGAGGAACUGGGCGAGCAGGGGGACAUCUUCGAUUCCCUGCUGUCCUCUGUGCGUCGGGCCCAAGAGGCGGGGUCUCAGCUCAGCAAGCUCCACCCCGACCGCAGCCCCGAGCUGGCGCUGUACCAGGAGAGAGCCAAUCAGAUGACAGACAGGUGGAGCGGCGUUCAGAGACAGAUGGAGACACGACGAGCGGAUCUGGACGCUCUGGGCUCGGACCUGCACCAGUACAGAGCCGGUCACUCGGCUCUGAUCCGGUGGAUCGAAGAGACGACAAAGAGACAAGAAGACACACAACCUGGACAGAGCGACAGCAAAGCUCUGUCGGAGCAGCUGGCCCAGCAGACGGCAUUAGUAGCCGAGAUUGAACAGAACCAGACCAAACUAGAUGAGUGUCAGACUCACUCCAAACAGUACUGCACCUCAGUGAAGGACUACGAGCUGCAGCUGAUGACGUACAGAGCCUUCGUAGAGUCGACACACAAGUCACCUGUGAAGAGGAGGAGGAUGCAUUCUUCAUCUGACGCCAUCACUCAGGAGUUCAUGGAUUUGAGCACACGCUACACGGCUUUGGUCACGUUGACGACCCAACACGUGAAGUACAUCAGUGAUGCACUGAGACGACUAGAAGAAGAAGAGAAAGAGGUGGAGGAGGAGAAGCAGGCCAGGGUCGGGCAGGUCUCAGAUCUGCUGGGCUGGGUCAAAGGGCUCCAGGGACGGACCGGCGGCCCCAACGCUGAGUCAUCACUCGCAGCUCAACAGUCCAUCAGUGAACAGCUGGCUGCCAAGAAGGACGAGGUGGCUGAAGCCAUCAGGAGCACAGAGGUCUUCCUAUUAUCAAAACAAGCCAGCAAGUUGUCCCCAGGGGAGCGUGCUCAGGUGGAGGCUCAGCUGGACCAGCUCAGGUCCACCUACAACCAGAUGUGUGACAGCUCCACCCAACAGCUGCAGCAGCUGGAGCAGCAACUUGCCAAAGAGGAGGAGAGAAAGAACCAAAUUGCCAUCGCCGGAGUAAUCGACCUGGGAACAGUGGAAACAUUCCCAGUGUUCCCAGCCUCUCAGCGUGGUCUCAUUGACCAGGACACCUGCCACGUGCUCCUGGAGGCCCAGCUCGUCCUGGGGGGGCUCGUCCAGCCUGACUCCCCACGGAGUCUCACACUGGAACAAGGUCGAGCUCAAGGCCUCGUCGACGCCUGCACCAAGGAGUCGCUGUCUGAGCUGGAGAACGCCCUGAUUCUGGUGGGAAACACUGAAUCUGAAGCCGACCAGCGACCACCUAUGUUGCCAGUAGCUGCGGCCAUGGAGGUCGGGCUCAUCAAGGAGGAGGUGGGACUCCGCAUUCUGGAACUCCAGAUGAGCACCGGAGGCCUGAGAGUCUCCACAGGAAAGCUGAUAAGUCUGGAGCAAGCAGAGGACUUGAGGCUUUUGACUCCAAGAACUGUCACCAAACUUCAGUCAAGGCUUCAGCACCGAGAGCUGAUUGAUCCAAACACAGCGGAACAGAUUCACCUGUGUGAUCUACAAGAGCGCUGUGUGUUCGACUCCGGCCUCCUCCUCCUCCCGGUCAAACAGCAGCCUGGAGGGACGGUCUGCCUCCGCUCUGGAAGGAAAGUCGGUAUCAUCCGCGCCGUCCAGGAAGGUCUGAUCGAUCCCGAAGUUGCUGUUCGGCUGCUUGAGGCUCAGCUCUUUGCCGGUGGUGUAGCUGACCCACGCUCGGGCCAUCGACUGACCAUUAACGAGGCUGUCCGUCUCGGGCUGAUGGAUCAGGAUCUAGCCUGUGCAAUGUUAGCACGUCAGCUGCAAACUGGGGGAAUUAUAGAUCCUCUCAGCAGAGAACGCCUGGAUUUGGGAGAAGGUCUUCACCGAGACCUUCUCUCCCCUCGUUUGGCUCUGUUGGUCCUCGAGUCUCUUCGGAAUUUCAGGGGUCUGCUGUGGCCUGAAUCUGGAGAACUUCUGCCCAUUGCUGAGGCUCUUCAGCAAGGAGUGAUCUCAGAAGAACUAGCAAGAAAUAUCCUAGCACAGCGUCAUGCUAUUGGGGGUCUGUACAAACCUGAAGCUCUCCAGGUGCUGCCCUUAAACCAUCCUGCUUCGUUCCUUGACCCCGGUGUCGUCAGUUUUCUCAAAGACACCCAAAUCCCAGAUACUCUUGUCAACAUGAAUCAGUCUGGCACCAGUUCCAUCAGUUCCUCUUCACCUCCAUCUUCUCCAGCUCCUGCAGACAUGUUGUGUGAUGCUUCACCAACAAGUGGAAUGGAUCCUGAAGAACAAGCCAAACACAAGCUGCUGUUCCACCUCAUGACUCACAGCUAUGUGGAUGCUCAUUCUGGAAAACGACUGGUGCUGCUCGACCCUGAGCUGGUGGAGUUGGUCGAAGCUGCUCAACUGGUUCCUGGAGACUCUGCUUUAGUUAGUCAAGCUGAGACUGGAAGCACUUUUGCUCCAGAUAAGCAGGGGAAGUUGCAAAUGGUGAGAGUGGAGGUGAGUGGAAAGCAGAUUAAAGGUGAGGGAGAAGAUUCCAAUGUAGUUAGACCAAGCAAGGAUUCUGAGAUCUAUGGUACAAGUAGUCUAAAAGAAAGGUAUGAUGGAGAAGUGUUGCAGAAGCCAUCCUUGAUCAUGUUAGCGAGUGAUUUAACAACAAAAGAAGGAAUCAAGGUCAAGAAAGUUGCAAAAGGAAGAGCUAAGAAGAAAGAAAAGACCCACGUUCAAAGUUUAAUGGCUGUAGCUCAAAGCCCAGAGGAGCUGGUAGAAACUGAAUCCAAACCAGGAGAUAGGAUUAGUCUGGUAGAUCCCAUCCCACUGGAAGCAGAAACAAGUGAAUACGUUCAUUUAAAACAAUCUGUAGCUAAGGAAGAUAUAAACCCUGUAAAGGAGACAGAUCCCAGGAGUGCUAAAGAUGAGGUUGUAGCUGCAGGGGAGAUGGAAGUAGAAUUUGCUGAGUUGUCAAGGUUGGUCCUGGAGCUAAAGCAGGGAGGUGUGAUGACAGAAGAAGGAGAAAAGCUGCUUCCUGAUGAGGCAGUAGCCCAGGGCGUCCUCCCCGGCCACACGGCAGUCAAAUUAAUGGCUCAGGCAGGUCUGUUCGGGGGUUUCCUAGAUGCCAACAGUGGUGAGUCCCUGAGCAUGGAGGAUGUCAUGCAGGAGGGUUUGCUAGAUGAAGAUCUGAUGUGGAGUGUCCUGCAGUCAGAUAAAACCCUGGCAGGGAUUGUGGACGCAGAGAAAGGGCAGAUCUGUGGUGUGAGGGACGCAGCUCGAGAAGGGUUGAUCGACCUAGACACUGCUGAUAGACUCCUGGAAGCCCAGGUGGCUUCUGGGGGAAUUGUAGACCUCCGCCGGGAUAAGAAAGUCUCUGUCACUCUCGCAGCAAACCUGGGCCUGAUUGAGGAGGGUCAAAGAGAAGAGCUGGUGGCACUAGAGAAGGCGUACAAAGGGAAAGACACAGAUGUGACAACCGCCCUCAAAAAAGCCAGUUUACAGCUACAGAUGGAAGGUGUCAUUGACCCAGAGUCUAAGUCUCCAGUUUCUCUGGAGCAGGCAAUUCAAAAAGGGUUGAUUAAGUCCGAGGAGGCUUAUCAUGUGUUGGCGAAGCAGGUGGCGGAGGGGGGUGUAAUCCACCAUGCUUCAGGAAUGAGGCUUUCUGUCUCUGAUGCUGUCGAUAGAGGAUUAGUGGAUCGGUCUAUUGCUCCUGGCCUGGAGGACUUGGAGUGGGUCUACCAAGGCAAAGUCAGCCCCUCAUCUCACCCAGAUGCUGUUGUACUCCAGGCGUCGACAGGAGCUGUUUUAGACCCUGAAUCUGGACGUAGACUGACAUUGACGGAGGCUGUUACUAAAGGUCUCCUGGACGAGAACAUGGCCAGUGAAGCCAUGGCCUCUCCCACAGUGACACAAGGAGCUCUGGACCCUCAGACUGCUCGAAUUGUGCCUUAUUCAGAACUUGUUAACCAGGGCAGGAUCGAUAUUGACACAGGCAAACGUUUCUUAGAGGUGAAACCCUUCAGAGGGAUUCAGAACAAGCAAACCGGAGAAAGUUUGACCCUUUCUGAGGCAAUUCAGUCAAAGCAAGUUGACCCAGUCCCAGCACUGAGGCUUCUCCAGAGCCAGGCCGACAGUGGAGGGAUAGUUGAUAUAAAGACUGGAGAAAGGCUCUGUCUCUCUGAAGCCUGUAAAAGAGGUCUAAUCGGAGAUGACAUGGUGAAAGUAAUAGCCUCCAACCAAAUGUCUAAAGGAGGCUUAGUCGAUCCCUCGACUGGACAACGGGUUUCUAGUCUCUGUGAUGCUGUUGCAGUCGGACUGAUCUCCAGUGACACGGCGGCUGAGAUUCAGAACAAAGUGGCUUCUGCAAAGAUUGAAGUUGAUGGAGGUAGUUCUACACCUGUGGCCUCAUUGAGCAGCACAUACAGCCCUGCUAUUAUGAUGUCAGUGUCGAGCAGUCCAGCAAACUGGUCAGAUGGGAACUCAGAGGAAGGUUCAGGAGUCACACAGGAAGAUGAAAAGACAGUAAUGUCUUUAGUAUCAGACAAGUCACAGUACUACGACGUGGACGAGGACAAAGUAGAGGUGCCGUUGUCCACAGGAGAGUCUUUAAUGGAGUCGGACCAGUCCAUGGACCUCUUGUGUAACUUUGCAGCUAAUGUUGAGAGAAGGAUUCAGCAGGCCAUCGGAGAGAUAGUACCACAGAGAGACAGAAGAGAGAGGCGUCCAAAACAGGAGCCUGAUGAGAAAGUGCAGAUAAGUGAGGGUAAGGUGAGUGUCUGUGAUAUUGGCAAAGAUUCCCAGGAAGAGGUGAGAGAGGGAGCUGCCAUUUUGAAGUCAGACAGGGAACCUGUGUUUGUUGGGGAAAGAGAGCGUCGACCCAGUGAUGAGACGUCAGAGGUUCAUCAGGUUUCUGAAGUAAAACUGACAGGUUCUGUGGAAGCAGAGAUUAGAGACAAGAAAGAAAGUAAAGCCAACACUGAAGUGUCUAAAAAGAAAGAGGAGGAAUAUAGAAAGAGUGAUGUGACAGAACAGAGGGAUAAUGGCAAAGUUGUGGAAAGAGAGAAACCUUUAAAGAUUGAAAUAAAAUCUGAGCAAUCCGGCCAGAUGGUGACGUCUCCAGCCAAAGAUACAGAAAGCAAAGGCAAGAAAAAGAGGAGGAAUAAAAACAAGGGAAAGAGUAAAGAAGCAGAAAGUGAAACACAACCUGCAGAGAUUAAACAGCGAUCAGACAUCGACCGAGCGGAGGCAGAAAGUGAAGGACGGCCUGAGGCUGCAGAUCCAGUCACAGAUUACCUCCCAUCAGCAGACAAAAGGGAGAAAUUGCAAAGUCAUGGUCGGGUAGCUUCCCUAGAACCUCCCAAUAGAGAGCGUGAAGCAGAGACAGAUUGGAAAAUUGAACAUGAAACUGAUUUGAUGAAACAAGAAACCGUUCCAGCCAAUGAACAAAUUAUAGAGCCAGAAAAGGGUGAAAAGAGAAUUAUGAUUUCUAAGGAUGUAGAAGAGUGUGAUAAGAGGGAGAGGAUAAAAAGAGAGCAGGAGAGAGAAGUCGGAGAGAAGGCAUCUGUCUCUCAGGAACCAGAACGAGAGAGAGCGAAGGAGCAAGAGCUGCCUCUGAAAUCUCCUUUACCGGAAAACGAGAAGGCCGCUUUGAUUCUGAAAGCCAAAGAGAGCAUCCUGAAAAAGGUGUUUGAAAAAGGAGUGAGUGAGAAACAGGCUGCUGAGGAGCUGCAGGCCCUGAGGAAAGAGGUGGAGAAGAAGGAGAUUCAAGACACGACUGCAAGAGAAGUGAAGGCCACAACUCUGCCAGCUAACAAAGGAGAGGGGAGUCAGGAUGUCGGAGAAGUCGAGAGGCUGAAUGGUUCGUUAAAAGACAACGAGGAAGAGACGAGUGUCAGAGGAGACAAAUCGAAAAUGAUAAAGGUCAAAGAGGAUUUGACUGUCGAGGAACUUUCUGUUAACGAGGGAAUGGAAACCAAACUGUUGGAGGCUCCGUCACAAGAGAGAGGAAAGAUCAGCUCUGGAAAGGAAACAAUCGAGGUGUUGCCGUCAGUGAAGCCUAAAGAAAUUCAGAAAAGCAAACGAAGCAAGAAGAACAAGAAGAACAAGAGUUCAAAUGUGACAGACAAAGCUGAGCCUGAUGCUGAGAAAGAGGAUUCUGCAGCGACUGCAACUAAAUCAACCAAACCAAAUGUGGAUGGCUCAACUUUGAAUAAGGAGCCGAGGACGGUCCAACCUUCAGCUGGUGAUACGACAAUUAAACCUGAGAUCUCUGGAAUCACUGAUGAAGCAGCUGAGACAAGUCGACACAGAUCACAUGAGUCUGAGGAACCAAGUUCUCACGCAGAGGAACACACACGAGUUGCAGAGGACACGUCUAUCGAGAAAGAACAAUCUCGUUCAGGAACCACAAGUGAAGGUAAAUCCAUCCAAGCUGUCGCAGGAGAACCAGACAAACCACUGACAGCUCAGCGCGUCGCACAAGUCAAAACAUCUGGAAAGGGUAGAAAGAAGAAAGUAGCUGUGGUCUUAAAAGAACAAGAGCCUCAAGAUUCUGCAGCUUUGCUCUCAGAGGAAACGUCAACAGAGUCUGAAUCAGCUGGAGUCACUGAGUCGGAUACAACCGCUGAGAGCUGGGGGGAGGAAGAGGAGGAAGAGGAGGAAGAGGAGGAGGAAGUCAGAGAGAGACGAGGGACUGAGUCAAACAGAGAGAGGACGUCAGUCACUGGCAAGUCAUCAUUAAAGCGUCAGGAAUGUUUGGAGCAGGACCAGCGGAUCGUGGCCCUGGUCUCGAUGGUGCGGCACGUGGAGGUCCGGCUCAAACAGCAGCAUCAGCAGUCUGUGGGUCGCAGCCUCAUCGCUCUGGAGGACACCAUCAGGCAGGCUGAGACUCUGGACCUUGAGCUGCUCGACUUGGAGACCGAGGUCGCGAGGGAAGUGGAGGCGGCCGAGCUGCUGCUGGAGCCCCGACCUCAGGACGUUCCUCCACAGCUCCUCCUGGCCCUGGAGAAGGACGGGCGCAGCCUGGCUCGAGGGUACGAGGCAGCUCGAUCGCUCUCUGCUGGCAUUCUGAAAAGCCUGCGAGACCACAGAGACUCUCACAAGGAGGCAGUGAACGCUGAGAAGAUGUCGCUCGGAGGACGAGUGGAGCGUCUGCUCUCCUGGUUGAAGGAGACCGAGGCUCAGAUGGACGGAGGAAUUGCAGGAAUGGAAAAAAUGGAGAAAUCAGAGGAGGAGGACAAUUGUGAUCAGCUCACACAGCAGCUGCAUCUUUGCAAGGAGCUGCAGUCCUCUCUGAUGUCUCGCUCCGAUGAGGUCAACAACGUGGCCUUUGAGAUUCAGGUGUUCAUCUCAGAGCGAGCUCAGGACCUGGCCCCCGAGCAGAGCAGGGAUCUGCUGGGGCAGCUGCAGCGGCUCCAGAGGAGCUUCCACAGAGCGUCGGGCCGAGCCCAGGCCUGGGCCGACGCUCUGUCCGUCCAGAGAGAGAGGGAGGAGGAGUGGCAGCGCCGGAAGAGGGUGAAGGAAGAAGAGGAGGACAGAGAGAGGCAGAGUGCAAGGGAGAGAGAGGUGGUCCAGCAGCAGAAAGCCGAGUGCUCCCAGAAACUGGAAGGCCUCAGCAUGUGGUUGGCCGGAGCUGCCAGUUCGCUGGCCAGUCAGAAUGCAGGAGCUGAGUCAGGUGACGUGAACGUGCUGCAGGAGAAGCAGAAAAAGCUAAAGGAAGUGCAGAAGGAUCUCCAGACGAGAGGCGAGGGCAUCGCUGAGGCCAUCCGCUCGGUGGAGGACUUCCUGGCGGAACGCGGGGACACUCUGAGUCCAGAGGAGAGGCAGAACCUCCAGGGGGCGCUGACGAGAAUGAAAGAGCAGUACAGCGCCCUGAGGGACACGGCCAACACGUCGGUGUCCGAGCUGGACACGGCCAUCAGCACCACCGUCCAGCAGAACACACAACGGGCGAAGGCGGAGGAGGAUCUCCAGGAGACACGAGGUCAGAUCGACUCUCUGCUCAAAGACCUGUCAUCACUGAACCAACCGGGAAGGAGAGGAGCCGGAUCUGUGAUGGAUCAGAGUGUGGUCGAUGCAGCGUUCUCACAGCCAGAGGGCGCUGUCCUGUCACACACUGAGAUGCUGCAGGCGGAGCUUCAGCAGCUUCAGUCCCAGCAGGCACAGCUGCUUCAGAUCACCCAGGCCACCCGGUCUCUUCUGGACCAGCCCGACUCGACGGUUCCUCCCGAGGAGAAGCAGCGUCUCCGGGCUGCCCUGGACCAGCUGCAGGCCCAGCACCAGGACAGGCUGCAGAGCUGCCAGGACCGUCUGAGGAAGUCUGAAUCUCUGAAGGACGAGUUCACGAAGUUCCUCCACGAACAUGGAAGUCUUGGUGCCUGGUUGGAGCAGAGCGAGCAAGAGCUCCGGUCCCUGGGGGAAGGAGAAACUGACGCACAGGGACUGAAGGCCAGGCUGGAGGAGCACAGAAAGCUUGCUGAGGAUGUGAUCUGCCACAAGGCCGAUCUGCGCUUCGUCUCCAUCUCGGGUCAGAAGGUUCUAGACUCCGUUCAAGGGGCUCUGGAGCAGGUUGGAGGUUCGGAUCCCGCUCUGGACAGCACCAAGCAGCUGGUGACCGACAAGCUGCACGAUGCUAACCACAGAUACACAACCCUACACACCAAGUCGUCAGAUCUUGGCGGUCGAUUGUCCGGCCUGCUGGAGAGAUACCAGCAGCACCAGGAUGAGGUCGUCUCCCUCCACUCGUGGCUCAGCACUCAGGAACAGAACCAAAGCAUCGCCGGGCCGGGUGGAGACAAGGACCCACAGAACCUGCAGAACACGCUGAGACAAGUACAGCUGCUGCAGGAUGAACUGGCCGAGCGCUCGGUGCAGCUGGAGAAGGUGAAGAGAGCCGGUCGAGAUCUGGUCAGCACAGAUGAGUCUCCCUCCCUGAAAGCUGUGGACAUCCUCUGUGCCGCAGAUGGUUUGGAGAAGAGGUUCGGCUCCCUCUCAUCUUCUGUGUCUGAACGGGCCGAGCAGCUUCAGACGGCCGUGGCCCAGUCCGUCAGCGUCCAGGAGGGUCUGAAGGCUCUGCUCAGCUGGCUGGACAAACUGGUCCUGAAGCCUGGACCAGUGGAGCCCACCGCACAGGCUGUGCAAGACGCCCUCACCCAAAACCAGAAACUCCGGCAGGAGCUGCUCUCCAGGCAGGGCAGCGUGGAGGCAACUCGAGACUCCAUUUCCAAACUGCUCCAGAGCUCUGACGCCUCCACAGCCUCAGGCCUCCAGGGAGCUCUGGACGAGCUGACUCAGCGCUACACUGCAGCCCAGGCCAGCCAGGCGGAGAGGGAAGCCGAGCUCAAAGGGCUGCUGCCCCGACUGGAGAGUUACGAGCGGCUGGGGACCGACCUCCAUGUCUUCACCCAGACCCGCCUGAAGGCCCUGAGCCCGGUGGGCCAGCCCGACCGCAGCGUGGACGACUACAGGCAAACUGUCGAGGAGGUGAGGUCGGAGCUGGAGCAGGAAGCCGGUCAGCUGAAGUCCUUCUGCAGCCUCGGCUCCGAGCUCAGCCAGUCACACGCUCUGAGCAACUCUCAGGGCUUAUUGGAUAAUGUGAGGGGGGUGUCCGACGACUUCACACAUCUGGAAGCAAAUGUCAACGAAAGGUUCGCUGCCAUCCAGGCCUGUGAGCAGCAGCUGCUCAGCUUCCGUGGGCUCUCCGGCUCUCUGGUCAGGUGGCUCCAGACGGCACAGGAGCAGCUUCCCCCCAAAGAGGCCAACCUCAGCACCGAGGGCCUGCAGAAACGAGUGCAGCAGCUCCAGGACUUGUUGAACGACUGGGAGUCGCAGGGAUCCAGGGUCCAGGAGCUGAGUAAGACGGGCUCCGAGCUGGAGGCUCUUAUCAUCGACAUCACCGCUCCUCGGACCAAAAGUGGUGCCCCACACAUCAAUGGCUCAGCAGGUCCCAGCAGUGUCAAUGGCAUUCACACCUGCAAAGACCUGACGGAGCUGCAGGUGGCCGUGUCCGAGGUGAACGGUCGAUACGAGUCGCUGGGCGGGGAGUUGAAGGAUCGUGUCAGUCGCCAGCAGGCCUCACUGGAGCUGAGGCAGAAGGCCAGGCAGGGCGCAGACCAGCUGAAGACCUGGCUGACGGACAAAGAGCAGAGUCUGAGACAGGGACAGACCGCCUCCCCCUCCAAGCCGGAGGCGGUGCGCGCCCAGGCCCAGGAGAACAAGGCCCUGCUCUCGGAGCUGGCGGAUCACUCUGGGACGGUGGAGGAGUUGAAGAGCACACUGAGGAAGCUCAUUGCUGACAACCCUGACUCUCCAGAAGCUGACAGCUGGAGACAACAGCUGCAGGAGAUAGACUCCCGCUGGCAGACGACCAAUCAGAACGCAGCCCAGCGGCAGACGGAGCUGGAGACGUGUGCCGAUAGGCUGGGCAGCUUCGCCUCAGCAGCCAAUCAGCUGGGCCCGUGGCUGCGGGAGAAGGAGCUGAUGAUGAGCGUGUUGGGACCUUUGAGCAUCGACCCCAACAUGCUCACCACACAGAAACAACAAGUGCAGUUCAUGAUGCGUGAGUUUGACACCCGGCGGCCACAGUUUGACCAGUUGACCCAGUCCGCCGAGGGGAUCCUCUCCCAGACCGGUGACUCCGCCCAGGACGCCAAGGACCUGGCGGAGGUGCGGGCGGAGCUGGGCUCCAUCUCGCAGCAGUGGGAAGACCUAACAGGCCGACUGACUCAGAGGUCCAGCCACAUCGACCAGGCCCAGGGAACCAGUGAACGCUACCAGGCUUUGCUCAGGCAGCUCUCCUCCAGUGUCUCUGCUCUGGGCGAGAGGCUGGACUCCCAGGCCUCGCUCAGUGCCCAGCCUGAGGCGCUGAAACGCCGCCUGCAGGAGACCGGAGAGAUCCGCUCGGAGCUGGAGAGACGGAGGACCGAGCUCGCCGAGGCUGAGACGCUCUGUCACGAGCUGAGCGCCAUCGUGGCUGAGCCGUACCUGAAGGAGGAGCUGAGCAAACGGCUGCAGAGCGUCAGCGCUCCACUGAGGAGCCUGGAGGAGCGAGCAGCGGACGGCCUCUCUCAGCUCCAGGCCGCCCUGUCCUCCACCCAGCAGUUCCAGCAGAUGUUCGAGGAGUUGCGCUCGUGGCUCGACAAACAGGCCGAUCCCAGAGAUUCCACCGGGGACUCCCUGCCCUGCCAGCCACCGGCCAUCCGCUCCCUGCUGGCCCAGACAGAGGAGCUGCAGCGCGGCAUCGCCAGCCAGCGCGGCUCCUACGAGCUGCUUCAGGCCGAGGGAGCCUCGCUGCUCGCCUCUCUCCCGGCAGGCGGAGACGAGCGCUCCACCCUUCAGUCUCGCCUGGCGUCCCUGCGACAGGACUGGGAGGGGUUGAACCAGCGACUCUCUGAGCGUGAGAGCAGGCUGAAGAACACACUGAGCAAAGCGGAGACCUACCAGCAGCACAAGGCGGAGCUGAUCCCCUGGUUAUCAGACUGCGAGGAGAAGGACGGAGACAUCACGCUGGACUCGUCUGUCCUGGACGAAGCUCUGCAGAGGACACGAGGUCUGACCCUUGACCUGGAGAGACGGCAGCCGCUGCUCGAGUCCUUCAACACCGCAGCCGACCAGCUGCUGGAGCAGUGCUGCAUCGGGGAGGAGGAGGUGCGAGAUGAGAAGGCCCAGUUGAACCGCCGGGUGGAUGGACUGGGAGAGAGGCUCCACAGCCGCACCUCCCAGCUGGAGGAACUGGCCGGCCGGCUGAAGGAGUUUGAAGAGGGCAGACAGGCUGUGGAGAGGAGGCUGGAGGCCGCCAAGCACCAGAUCAAAGUGCAGGAGGCUCUGGGUCCUCAGGCGUGCAGCGCUAAGAGCCUGGAGCGGUUGAGGAGCCAGCAGGAGAACCUGAGGUCCCUGCAGCCCCAGGUGGUCUACCUCCGAGACCUGGCCCAGGGGCUGGUGCAGGACGCUCCGCAGACACCAGGGGGCGGCACCGAGGGGGCCCAGAGGCUUCAGGAGCAGGCCAAGGACACAGAGAAAGAGUACGAUGACGUGACUGGCAAGAUCGAACACUGCUGCUCGUCCCUGGAGUCCCGCCUCCAGGGCGUGGGCGAGGUCCAGUCCCACGUGCGGGACGUGUUCUCGCGUCUCGCCGACCUGGACGAUGAGCUGGACUCGCUCAGUCCUGCAGGACGCGACGCCGACUCGCUGGCCUCGCAGGCCGACACUCUCAAGGGCUUCCUGUCCCGGCUGAGCGACCUGAGGACGGAGCUGGAGGGUCACGGGUCGGAGUGCACCACCAUGCUGCGGCGGGAGGGCUCCUCCCCCGACCUCCUGGCGCUCAGGAGGGAGACGGAGGCUCUGAGCCGCCAAGCCGGCAAGCUGAGUGAGCGCAGCCAGGCCCGGUUGGACCAGAUCGAGGACGCUGCGGAGAAGGUUCAGGACUUCUACCGGCUGGUGGCGGAGCUGCAAGGGCUUCUGGGUAGAGCUGAGGAGGGGCUGAGCGCUCAGGGCCUGGUCGGCUCCGAGGUGGAGAUGAUCAAACAGCAGCUGCACGAGUUCAAGACUUUGGACGUUUGCAUGAUCCCCUGA